GGCGGAGCGCCGCGGGGGGGGCGGGGCGCGCGCUGGGAGCACGGAGCCAUGGCGGCGGCGGAGUUGCCCGCGGCUGAGCCGAACCCUUUCUCCUUCCACGAGUUCGUGCGGACCAAGGCCCGCAGCGGUGACGGAGCUCCGGCCCGCCGCGCCGAGGAGUCUGCCCUCCUCAGCCCCCGCUCCGUUUCUCCUCCCCAGGCGCCACGGCCCGGCCCUCGCCUCGGCGCCUCGCUGCUGCUGCUGGGCCCGGCGGCUCCCGGCGGGGCGGAGGAUGAGGACGAGGACGAGGAGGAGUGGAGCGGCAGUUACCGGCCCGCGGCCGCGGAGCGGGCACACCUCGGUUCUCCCUUCUGUGAGGGCGAGGGGCCGGGCGCUGCCCCGCGGCGGCGCAGCUACGAGGAGCUGAAAGCAGAGAAUGCCGCUUUGAGGAGCAGGGUCAGGGAGCUCCAGGAGUUCUCUGAAUCUCAGGCAGACAUGAUGAGGAAGCUUGAAAGAAAGCUCGAGGAAAACAAAAUUAAAGAAGAGAAGGAAGCGCAGGACUUGGAGGCAAUGGUGCAGCACGUGGAACAGAACCUCCAGCUGAUGACUAAACGGGCUGUUAAAGCGGAAAACAACGCUACGAAACUGAAACAGGAAAAUGCAUUACUUCAGGUUCAGCUGAAGAAUUACAAGAUGGAGAACGAAGCUCUGAGGUCGGGCCAGUCGGCGAGCCUGGCCGUGGUGAAACGGAACGCAGACACAGCCCUGCAAAACCUUCUUGCCGUUAUUACAAGCUCUCAAUCUUCAAUUAAGCAGUUGGUCUCCGGAGCAGAAUCGCUGCAGCUCGUCGCCGAUCUGCUGAAAUCCAUAGACAGGAUUUCCGAGGUGGCGGAAGAUGGACAGUGAAAGCGAACAGGGACUCACGGGCAGAGCUCGGCGCUGGUGCAGAGCUCAUUGCUCAGCACUGCAAGGCGGGCGCUGUCGGUGCUGCUGCAGGAGCAGCUCUUCCAUCCCGCAGCUGGCUGAGGCUCGAGCACAGAGCGGGGCCCGAGCCGACAAGGAGCAGCACUGGGUGGGACCGCCGCCCUGCUCCUGAGAGUGCUAGCGGGGCUGGCAGGAGCCCUCGGCUUCUCCCCUCUCCCCCGGCGGUCGGGCUGCGGGAACGGGCUGCCCCGCUGCACAGAGGAGCGGGCUCGUCGGGAUUCCGGAAGCGGUGGGGCCGGGCCUCGGGGCGCUGUCGCUGUGUAACGGCGCCCGGGAGCGAUUAAAGGCGGCGCCGUGCGCGUCGCUGUCCUGGC